AUGGCCUUACGAAUGCUGCUGCCAUUCGUAUUCUCAAAGAGCUUCUCCUCAGAUCCAGAAAAAGGACCUCAGACGACCAGGUCUCCUGUCAAUGACACUCCAUCUCGAAGCGGAAUUGCAGGCAGGGGCGAUGGCAGUCAACGCGGAGAUGGAGAGGGUAUUGAUGAUGAACCUGCUGUAGAUGACGAGGAAAAUGCUAGUGAUGAUGGUACCACUGAAGAUACACGUUCCCCUCGAAACGAUGAUCCCCGAAUGCUCCGUCGUUUCUCAGCAGGAGAGACCCACGCACACGUCUCGCACAUCUCGCGUCGCACCCCAUCUUGGUGGUCAAGAUUCACAAAUUCUGUAUUUCCCCCAUCAGAUGAUGAUAUAGAAUCAUAUAUACCCCAUUAUCGAUAUACGCCCAUCAUAUCUGGUAUCAUCAUCCCAUUUGCUAUCCUCCUCGAGAUACCCGGGUUGACUGAGAAAUGGUACAUUCGGACCCAAAAAGGUCAUAUAGUCGACACACAACCAAAUCCGGCGAUAUUGGAUGUUGGCCUCGGUUUCAGCAUAGGAUGUGCUCUCAUAGCCAACAUAUGCCUCAUUAUACGUUUCCUCGAGAAAAGGGUCAAAACUAUGACGAUCCUCUGCACUGUAUUUUUGACUAUACAUGACGUUAUUAACAUUACUGCUGUGACUAUAUUCGGUGUUGAACAUCGCUUUAACGAUGGUUUCACCUACGGUGAAUCCUUUUGGAUGACUGUAUGCUCCACUAUCGCCUCAACUCUCACUAAUAUCACCCUUAUUAUGGAUCUUAUACGUACACCAGAUUUCGAGAAGAGCGGCAGUGGUCUGACGCGAAAACAGCGGUCACUAGUUAUCAUUAUAAUUAUCCUAUUCGUAUACAUUGCGCUCGGCGCUCUCAUCAAUUCCCUGCUUCUUCAGUUGUCGUUCAUAAACGGUCUAUUUUUGACGGUAGUGUCGAUCGAGACUAUAGGUUUUGGCGACAUCGUCCCCACCUCUACCGCUGGUCGCAUCUUUGUAUGCGCAUACUCAGCUAUUGGCAUAGUCAAUAUUGGUGUUGUCGUUGGCUUGUUCAGAGAGACUGUGAUGGAGGGCCUUGAGGUAGGAUAUAGGAAGCGGGUAAAAGACUUGUCGGAUAACCGACGGGCUGCAAGGCGAAAGAAAAGAGCCGAACAUCGAUGGAAACAGGCAGUCAUGUGGCGUUUGCGAGAUCGCCGCGCUCCUACAUGGAUACGUGAAAAGAAAAGAGACGAAGCGCGAGGUCAAUGGGCAUGGUUCAGGAUUUGGCUGGCAAAUUUGGCCUUCCCUCAAUCUGUUUUCACGAAGCCUAGCUCCAGUUCCAACUUAAAUCAAGGUCCGCAUGGGAUGCGGCUCAAUCUCGAGGCACUCACUCAUGCUCAACUGGAAACCGCUGCUCUUGAAGCAGGUGUACCACUAGAAUCCCUCCUCCCACCCAACUUUUGCCCGUCACAGCGCGAAUUUAGGACAAGCGAAGAUGAAAACGCUGAUAGUGGGGCUGACAGCCCCCAGAGAUUUAUGUCUCCACACGACGUAUAUCAGCACGAAGAACCAACGCUUGGGUCACUGACGCAUGAGCGAAUUGGGAGGAUGGCUGCGGUACUGACGAGGUUCGCUAUGGUUGCAUACGAUUCAGCAGGCACGGCUACUCAAAAUCAGGAAAAUGGAGGUGAAAAUCGUUCUUCUGCAUGGGCGUUAGUUGGCCCUUCAACAGGCACCACUAAUUCAAGUGGUUUUGCACUGAGCGGCGCGCUCCCCAGCCGCACGAGUUCAAGCGACAGCCUCGGUUCGGAUUACCACGCUGAAGUUGCAGAAACCGAGAAAAAGGCGUUUUAUGCUCGGUUAACCAUUGCAUGGGCACUCUUCAUCAUUUUCUGGAUGGUUGGCUCGGCGAUAUUCAUGAAGACAGAAGGCUGGUCCUAUGGUAUAUCUAUGUACUUUUGCUUCAUCGCAUUCACCACCAUAGGCUACGGUGAUUACGCACCAAAUACACCAGCAGGGCGCUCUAUAUUCGUCGUGUGGGCGUUGCUUGGUGUUGGGGCUAUGACUAUACUGAUUUCAGUCGUAUCCGAAGCUUAUUCCUCGCGGUAUAAAGGGAUCAUACAGAGCGGCUUGUUUGAAAAAGCGGUGAGGCAGUACCGUAAACGGGCGAAAGAAGACCAGAUGGUUGAGACAAUAGCUCGACGUAAUGGAGGAGCCAGCGUUCGAUUCCAUCCACAAGAACGUCCCUCAACACAAAGGCCAAGCCGAGACUUGACAUCACGUUGUGACGAGAACCUGCCAGUGUCACCUCGAAUUGACGUCGAGGGUAGUAAAGGAAAUGAUUUGGACGUCGACACAUCUGCGAGAAAGCUGUUGCAAGCAGAAACACGUGCAAAGGAAGCCCUUGAAUCUCUGCCUCGUCAUGUUAUGAAUCAGGUACUCACGUUUCAGCAGUAUGUCCACUAUCUGGGUAAGGGUAGCAAUACUGGAACUGCGGAUGCGGAAGAGUUCGUGGAAGACAAGCUGAAGAGCCUGCUGGAUGAUGUUGUCGGAUCGGAGAGCAUAAGACAACAUACCAAGGCAGAGUUACUACAGGAUGGCGCAACUCGACAGGUACUGUUCACGUUGAGUUUUGAAAAGGCUUUGAAGGAGAUGGUUCAUAUAGCAGAGCAAGCGAUGCAAGCUUUGAAUGAAAGGGAUAACUUGAUUGCGCUGCAAGAACAAGAUCGCGGAAUUGUUGAUGUAGAUAGUGAUUUGUUUCAAGAGGAAGUAGGGCAUUCUGAUCACAAAUAACCUUGCAUUUUGGUCGACAUCUAUAUAUCAACUAGAGUCUAACAACACUAUCGUGAUAAUGUGAUAAUUUAGAUGGCAUCACUACGAUAUGUUAUGGCGAACGUCUAAAUCGUACUGGCAGUGAUCACGAACCACCCACAUCAAUCAUGAAUGCUGAUUCAAUCAGAAUCUAGCAUAUAUAAAUACUAUACCCAUACCAAGUUAUAUGCAGUUUCACUUCUGUCAAAAUGUUGAUAUUGCAGAUAUACCGUUGCGGCCAACACAGUACUAUUGUUAUGUAAUAAAAAAAAUGCCAGGAAACGAUUCAACUAAUCCGGUGAAGGUGGGUUUGCGUGGAGGAUAUUGGGAGGAUAGGACUCUGAUAGGCGAUGGACUAAAAACAAAAUGAGUGAUCGUAACCCAAUGAGGGGAAGUAAAGUCAACCAUAUAAGAGACAUACCUUGGUCAACAUUAUGCGUGUUAAUCCAUUGUGUCAGACAUAAUAAAGGUCGCGCUAUACUAUCCA